UAAAAAAAAAAAAAGGAGAGAGAGAGAAAGAAAGAAAGAGGAGAUAAAACAUCGUAGGGCAAUUUUUCACCGUACCAACCGAAACUUUGCCGUCACCUUUCUGGGGCUCCGGUUAUCUUACUGGACUUCAUAUCUCCUUUGUUAGCUUCAGCUAUGACAAACCAAAGAUUCAUUUCAUAAAUCUUAAUCUUACAUUCACAAACAUUAAAAGAAGCAUCCAAUGAUGUUGUUAACAAUCAGACAAGCAAGCCAAAAAUCAAGAACCUGCAAGAACACCCAUUUAUUCUAUCUUUUUUACUCCACUCAUACAAUUCCUCCACCAAGACAGCCAAUUUCUGCAUACCCUUUCUUACCCUUUUCUUCUAAUGUAUUGUCAACUUCAAGAAUCAAUGAAUUACAGCCUAAAGAUGUUGUUUUAUCCUUUAGAGAUUGGUUUAUGAGUAGAAAAAACCCUGUUUUUGAUCGGAUCUUUGAGAUUUUAAGGACUCAAGAUGAUGUUACAGCUGAUAUAGCAUUGUCUAGAUUCAAUCUUAGAUUAUCUGAGUCAUUGGUUCUUGAUGUGUUGAAUUAUGAGAAAAAUAAGGAUGUUUUGUCUUGUUUGAAGUUCUUUGAUUGGGCUGGUAGACAACCUGGUUUUCAUCAUACUCGUGCUACUUUUAAUGCCAUUUUCAAGAUUUUGUCUAAGGCAAAGUUGAUGUCUUUAAUGGUUGAGUUCUUGGAUAAGUAUAUGAAGCAAAGGUAUUUCCAUAAAGCUAGGUUUUAUAAUACUUUGGUGAUUGGUUACGCGGUGGCGGGGAAGCCUGAGCUUGCGCUACAAUUGUUUGGUAGAAUGCGGUUUCAGGGUGUCGAUUUGGAUGCAUUUGCUUAUCACGUGUUGCUUAAUGCAUUGGUGGAAGAUGGUUUUUAUGAUGGUUUUGAGAUGGUGUUGAAACAGAUUAAGUUUAGAGGUUUUGAGGAUGCGAUAACGCAUGCUAUAUUCGUUAAGAGUCUUUGCCAGCAAACGGAGCUGGAUCGAGCUGAGGAGUAUCUUAGAGGGUUGUUGAGCAAUGGAGGGGUAGGAUUGAGUGGGAUUGUUGUGGCUAAUCUUGUCGAUGCUUUGUGUAAAAAUAAGGAAUUUAAGAGAGCUGCAAGUUUGGUGCAGGAUUUUAGAGAGUCUGGUUUGGUUCCGAUGGAACAAGCGUAUAGUGUCUGGAUUAAGGAUCUUGCUCAGGCUGGGGAGCUAACUGAGGCAGUUGCAUUUUUGAAAGGGAAGAAACUGGCUGAUGGGUAUGUUCCUGAUGUUUUUCGGUAUAAUAGUUUAGUGUGUCGGCUUUUAAGAGAAAAUAGGCUAGAGGAGGUUUAUGACUUGUUGAUGGAUAUGAAGGAUCAAGAUAUAAUACCUGAUGAUGUUACCAUGAAUGUAACUUUGUGCUUCUUCUGCAAGGUGGGUAUGGCAGAUGUUGCCCUCGAGUUGUAUGACUCGAGAUCAGAAUUUGGCCUGUCUGUAAGUAGUAUGACCUAUAACUAUCUUAUAAAUACUCUAUUAGGUGAUGCAAGUGUUGACGAAGCGUAUCUCGUGUUGAAGAAUGCCAUUCAACAAGGCUUUUUCCCUGGUAGAAGGACAUUUUCAAUUAUUGCUGAUGCUCUAUGCCGAGAGGGGAAGCUUGAUAGAGUGAAAGAGUUGGUUCUUGCUUCUCUAGACCGGAAUUGUAUGCCCAGUGACGCAAUCUAUAACAAGUUCAUAUCUGCCUUAUGUAGGGCCAGCAGGGUGGAAGAUGGAUACAUGGUACACGGAGAGCUAAGCAGAUUGGAUAAGGUUAGUAGCAGGAGUACUUAUUUUGACUUGAUUAGUGGCUUUAACAAGUCAAGUAGGGGAGAUAUUGCCGCAAGAUUGUUAAUAGAAAUGCAAGAAAAAGGUCAUAGUCCAGACCGGAGAUUGUACAGGGCGGUUAUUUGUUGUUUAUGUCAAAUGGAGGAUCCAGAGAAGCUAUUUUACAGUUUAUUAGAGGUUCAGUUGUCUCGGCAUGAACCUAGCUGCCUUGUUUAUAAUUACUUCAUUGAUGGAGCUGGUCAUGCUGGAAAACCUGAGCUGGCCAGAGAUGUAUAUGAAAUGAUGAAGAGAAAUGGUAUCACGCCAAAUUUGCAGUCUGACAUAUUAAUGUUGCAAAGUUAUUUAAAAGCUGGAAAAAUUGCUGAUGCGUUAAAUUACUUCCGUGACUUGUCCAAUAGAAGAAAUCUAGGAAGAAAACUAUGGAACACCAUAGUUGUUGGUCUUUGUAAAGCUAACAAGCCUGAAAAUGCAUGGGACAUGUUCUGGGAGAUGAGGUCAACUCAUUUGAGGCCAAGCAUGGAAUGUUACGAGGAACUUGUUAAAUUGCUUUGCGCACGGAGAGAUUAUUAUAAGGCUAUUCUUCUGGUAGAAGACUUGAUGCAAGUUGGUCGUCGGGUUUCAUCCUUCAUAGGCAAUGUACUUUUGUUACACUCUUUACAUACUCAAAGAGUCUUUAGUGCUUGGAUGCACUUUAGAGACUUGCGCAACACGAAGGAUCAAAGCUUAGCACUAGGCGAUCUGAUCAAGACUUUCUCUGGUGGUAGUAAUCUGGACAGUGAGAUUUUACAAAUGGAAGAACUGAUUCGACAGUGCUUUCCUCUUGACAUCUACACGUACAAUUUGUUGUUGAGAAAACUAACCAUAAGUGAAAUGGAUCUUGCCUGCAAUUACUUUGAGAGAUUAUGCAAGAGAGGAUAUGAGCCAAAUCGAUGGACUUACGAUAUAUUAGUUCACGGCUUCUUAAAAGUUGGCCGGAAUUCUGAGGCUAGAAGAUGGAUGGAAGAAAUGUUCAGAAAAGGUUUUGAUCUGACUGAGGCUACAAAGACAUUUGUUUAAACUAUACUGUGAAUCUCAGUCUAGAUGGAAUGGGAUUCCUCAUUCAGGUUGGUCUGCUUGGCUGUGAUUACUGAUGUGGCUGUCUGGAAGUAAGUUGGUGCCACAUGAAACCCAAAUAAAAAUACCAGUGCAUUUGAAGAUGGAGUACUGUAGGCUGUCCUUAUAACUACAGAAAUAUGGGGCCAGGCUGGAAAAGUUAUCUGGAUUUAAUGCAUGAGUCGGAUGAUGAUGAAUGAUGAUCUAGUGAGAGAGGACAGAUUUUCCUUAUCAGUCUAUUAAGAUUUCCAGGGCACCUAGAAAGGUGUUUUCUUCACAUGGUUGGCAGCUAGGGGAGUGAUCCUAACAGCAGAGAACUUGAGGAAGAGAAGGAUUACCUAUGUUAGUUGGUGCUACAUGUGCAGAUGUUCCGGAGAAGAUGUAGAUCACCUUUUAUUGCAUGACGUGGCUGAGCGAUUAUGGGUGGUGGCCCUAAACUGGCUCAGCAUAUCAUGGGUGAUGCCGGGCACAGUGAAGGAGACGAUGUAUAGUUGGGCAUUCAGGAGGAGGAAGAGAAGACAGAGGCUUACGUUGCUCCGUUAGCCAUUUCGUGGGUUCUUUGGAGAGAGAGAAACAUAGAGCUGUUGAAGGAGCUGCUAGUGAUUUUGUUAAGCUGCAAAAUAGUCUCUUGUUUUUAAUUUUCUUUUGGUGCACCCAUGAAGUGCCUACGUGCAUCGAGGAUUGGUGUUCUAUAGGGAACCAUAUUUUGAUGCAGGUUCUCUUCUUUUGGUAUACGGCUUGUAUACGGGAUUUUCCCAUCAUUUAUAAAAUUGUUUACCUUAUCCAAAAAUGCAUGAGUCAGUGAAGUAGCCAUUAUAAGGGAUGCCAUGUCCUGUGCUCUGAGUGAUCUUAAAGGUAGAGAAGCAGUAAACAUGGAGAAAAACCUCAACGGUGUGAUGCCAACUGAUUAACAAGCUUACCUGCUUCAGGUUUGAAACCAUUUGAUUUGAGAUGUUUUAAGACAUACUUUUAGCAUUUUUUUUUUUAGAUUUGAGGUGAUCCUAUUCUUGUAGAAUUCUGGUGUAUAUGGUUUUGUCAUAUAAUUCUUAUUCUGUUGAUCAUGUCUUUCUAAAUGCAUCCAUUUGCAAAAUAUGGUUGGGUAUUGUUGUUAUCUCCAACUCAGUUUGAUUGCUACUAGAGCUUGAAAAGUUUCAGAAUAGCAAUAAUUAAUAUUCCCUAUUUUCUCCAAUUUGUAAUGGACACAAUGUUUAAGAAAGAAAAAGAAGAUUUUUUCACAAUUAAUUAGAUGUGGAUAGUAUACCAUAAGUACUUCCACACCCAAUACUUUGUCUUUGUAACCAGUAGACGUACGACAAGCAUGUCAAUUUUAAAAUGGUAACAAAAACGUAACUGGUUUGUAAUUGUAGAAAGAUGCCAAUGUUUGGCUGGAAAAAAUGGAAAUAGUGCUAAAUAAAUUAAGAUAGAGGGAGUAAUAAUAGUGAGUUAUCUUAAUCAUUUAUUUUUGUGGAGGAGUGCAUGCUAAGAAGUUAACAAGUGAUUAUGCAUCAUAGCUUCAUCAUAUUAUCAUUGUUAUCACCAUCAUCAUUAUUGUUAUGUUUUUAGAGGUUCUGCAUAAGUGCACAUUUAAGAGCCUUUGAGUGUGGUACACAUCAUUCCUGCACUAUGAUUGUGGUUGUCGUCUCUUGUCUUCAAGCGAUGAUGUCCUUUUUCACCUGCUUAGCAGUUUAUAAAUUUGGGCUUUAAGCUUUGCAGGCCAUCCAUACCGAUUGCCAAGUUCCUUCCACUUCUACAGGUUAGCAAUAUGAGUAUGGCAACUAUUGGGGCCAAUAUCAGCAAUUCACUCAGUGGAUGGAUCACAAAAAUGAUCCCGUUCUUUUGCUGUUUCUGAUACAAAAUAAACUUUCUCAGAGUCAUGUGGUGAUCAGACUUUUCCCAAACCUAUCAACAUACCACUUCCCUACUCAAGAUGGUCCAAAAGUUAGUGAAGACUGUGAAGUCCUUGAGGAGAACGGAUAUAGUUUCACUUUAUAUGACAGUUCUUGCUAGUUUAUAUUUUCAUAGGAGCUUGUAAGAUUCUUCAGUGGAGUUUUUCAGGCACCAUCUUAUGCAGCUAGUUUUCUAGAUGGUUUUCUAGUACGUACGGAAAUUGUCGGGGACCAUCAAACAUGAUGGUUAAAGGAUGAUAUUCUGUUAUAUAUUGUUGCAGAAUCCUUUAAAAGCUUCACUAUCUAUUAUCAUGUAGCUACUUGUGCAGAGGGUAAGUCAGUUGAUUAUGUAGUGAUUGAUUGAUUAUUGAUUAGCAUGUUCUGUAGAAUGUUAAGCACUGAUUGUAGCAAAACAUUGGUGCUCAAAUGUUAGUAUAUCGGUCCGUUGAUGGAACUAGAGGACUGUAAGUUAUGUAGAAUCCUGUAAUAUAGAACUGUGAGUGGAAUGGCUAUUCUCAAGAUUAGUAUGCUGUGAAGACAUUUUAAGAAGUUGCUUCUUUUGAAAGAAAACAGUCCUUGGCUUUUAUUUAACUUCUAUUCAAAAGUUCUCCCUAUAUUUUCUGACAAUAUAUUUCUCUGUUUUUAUCAAUAAUUGCUAUACUUCUUACCUGGAGAAUUUUGCUGCCUCAGUUCCUGUGAUAAGUUACUGAUGCAAGGAUCACAUGUUAGUUCUUUGACCAAAUUUGGACACUACAAGGAAUAAACAUGUACUCCACCCGUCCCAAUAUAUAUGAGGGUUGACCUAUUUGGGAAGUCAAACAACUCUUCUUUUUUACUACGAUGUUCUCCAACUCUUUUCAUAUAUUGUGAAUUAUUAAUUAUGUAGACGUAUUGUACUUUUUAUGUAGUUUUCAAAUAUGCAAAUUUAUAAUAAAAUACUCAAAGAAUCUAUGUUUGAAAUUGAGUCAAAGAAAGAGUUGUUUGACUCCCUAAAUAGGUCAACCCUCAUAUAAUUUGGGACGGAGGGAGUAUGUCUAAAAGCUUUCUGAACAUGUUUAUUCUGCUGGAAAGAAAAUUAUUGCUCUUCUUAUCAAAAAAUAUUCUGCUGGAAAGAAAACUUUUGUCGUAAUCGACAGUUACCAGAGAUUUCUAUGUGAAACAUAUUAAUGUCCUAGUCUAAUGACCUUGUGGCAAUUUAAAAUGAUUUUGUGAUUUUCUGAAUCUAAUUAAUUGCAUGCUAUUUGGUGGGUGCUUCCUAGAACAGGAGCAGAGGCGAUAACAAGUUGGAGGAUGAGCAACUGGAUGCUAGAGAAGACAUAGAAAAAUAGGCACCCUAAGUAUUUUUUUGCUAAUAUGGGGAGAGCACAUGCUAGAAUCUUCAAAGGAGUUGAGAAUUGAAUAUCUACAGUCAUAUUUCUCUCUUUCAUUUGUGUCUUUGGUAUGAAGAGAACAUACCAUGCUGUAUAGAUGGUCAAACACUCAAGACUUAGGGAGGUCUUACACAUACUUGGAUCAAACUUUUGUAUCACUACAGCAUAUUGGUCUGAAUCGAUGAGAUAUACUUGACUUACUAAAAGAUUAAUUUCAUGCUUUGCUCUUUCUUUUGCUCCAGAUUUUUCAUAAGGCCCGUGAUAACCAAGCUUCUGCCUUCUGCUAGGUGGCCCGAUAAAGGAGCGAGGACCUGGAAAAUUGGAAAGACAACUGCUCUACUUUUAUCCAUGUCACCUUUUCUUGAGGUAGUCAACUUUAUAGAAAUGUGGAAGGUGCCCUGGUACAUAUCAAUGAAGUGAGUUGAGAACCAUGAGGUCUCAGGUUCAAAUCUCAGCAGAGAUAAAAACAGUAGGCAAUUUCUUUCCAUCUGUUCUCUAGCCUUAGUGGAUAGAGUUACCUGUUACCUGUUGUUGGUGGCAAGUAUCCCGUGAAAUUAGUCGAGGUGAGCGUAAGCUGGCCUGGACACCACGGUUAUCAAGAAAAAAGGGCACUAGAGUUUUGCUAUUAGUUUCAGGUAUUUUUACAUCUUGGAGGUCAUCAAGACAUAUGUCGGCCUUUAUUUUGAUGAACUAACUCUACAAAAUUUGGAGUAUUCAGAUGAGAUAAUUUGACAUAGAAUACUGAUUAUUUAUUGCAGCAGAUGGGAUGUUUCUUUGUGCUUUUGGGUCUGAGGGAGCCUGACUUUGUUCACUGUCCCAGCUUGUACUUUGACAUUAAAAGUAGUUCAUUUAGGCAACUCGCAUCCCCUUGGUGCUCUAUUUAUUUUGUAAUUUGAUUAUAAUGUUGUUAACAUAGGUCCAUUUUGUUAAUGAAGCUCGAGUUUGAAUCGUUCA